AUGCCUGCUAAAGCUCAUCGUCCUGGCGGCCAACUUCGCUCACAUGCUCGCUCGACCUCCGGGGGCUCUUCCAAGCUCGGGCUGAACCUGCAGUUCACUCAGAAAGAACCUGUACCCCAACGAGUGGCUGAUAAAGCGAAGAAGUCCUCUCACUUUCAUCACGAGCCCGUUGCACGCAACUCCAGCUCCCAGUUUAUGCGGACAAACAGCGGCGUUCGUGUACAGCCAAGAGACAACAUCCAACCCGCGGCGUUACGGCGCGCACCCACUCCAAAUGGCGCAGCGAAGCAGAACGGGUCGAAGCAGAAGGCGGGCUUCUCCAUAAACAGUCCGGAUGAAGGCGAAGAUGACGACGAGUGGAUAUCCAGCGAGAGCGGCGCAGCAACACCCCUCGACGGCUCGGAUCCGGAGACCACCCCCGUCGAAGAGCUCAAUCAGCGGCUUAUAGCCCUGCCUGCAUUUGCACAACCUGCCCAGCCAAAUGGUGCCUCUGCUCACGACGCCGUUCACGAUGUAGCGACGCCCAAAGCUGCGCCGCCUGCGCUGCCUCGUGUUGACACCGCACGGCCGUCCCAGCAAUCGCUCGCUCCAACCACGCGCGAUUAUGCCAUUCAGGAGAGUCCGCCGCAGGAGAACUACUUCUCGGGCCAGAUGCAGCCUGAUCAGCGCCAUCCAGAACCUGCAAUAGCGAUCUCCACACCCACGCCCCCUGUCAGCAAGGCCCGCUCAGAAACCCACUCUCCCCCGCGCAGGUCCCCUGAUAGCGCACCUUACCGACAGUCCAUGACUCGCCCCCCUUCCACCCAUUCGAUUAACAGCAAAUUGGAUGCACAUGCGCUCAGGCCACACCCGCUUAUUCGCGGGCACUCAUACGGCCAAGGCUUCACGGGAAAGCCCGCGCCUUUAGCGCCUCUUACCACAGUGCUACCGGACUCAGCCUCCGGUCAGAUGUCCGCCACGCCUUCGUCUCCCUCCAGCUUGCGUGCGGGCUCUCCAACGAGCAUACGGACCACAUCAGCCUCACCCAUCCUCCCCUCGCCCUCUUCGUCAUCACCGGCCCAUAGGCAGCUGCGCCGCACAUCGACGUCUUCCACACGCUCCACCGCUACUCUCCCUGCACAGCCGUCGAUGGCCGACAAGAACGCGAGCCGGGUCACGCACGACCGGCAACGCACCCUCUCCACCAUCUCAUCGAGUUCUUCGAUCGCUGCGCUCACGAACUUCACGCUACGGUCCACGCCAUCUCCGCCACGAACCCCUGUACAAAUCACGGCGUAUUUCUCUCCACCAGAAUCUAAUUCGACGCUCGAUGGCAUCCACCCACUUCUCCCGCCACCAUACCUCAGCGCGCACCUUACCGUGCUAGCCUAUCGCAACCCAGUGUCGGAAUCAUAUGACAGGGUUAUCCGGGCGAAGCUGCGCAGGUGA